UGGCUGCGGCGAGAACGAGAAUGACGAGCUGGACUGCUUUCCUUACAAUUUCAUGGUUUAGCCCAUUGCUCAAAAAGGGCUGGAAGAAACCUCUGGAGGCCGGGGACCUCCUGCCGCUGCCCCACUUCCUCACCUGCUCCUCCGCCUACCACCACUUCCUCCGCGGGCUCUCCGCAUUGCCGGAGCCCCCGGGCCCCGAGCCCGAACCCACCACCACCACCACCACCAAAUCCACACACCUGAAGUACACCUACAGCUCCAACAGCAGCGAUGCCGCCCCUGCGGCCACCUCCACGACAGCGCCGCACGUGGUGUCUCCCGAGCAGCACCUGCAUAACACCAAGGCGCUGCUCCGCCUCAUAUGGCGGCUGCACGGCGUGGCACUGCGGCGGGCGCUCACGCUCAUCUAUGCCUACCAGUCCUGUGUGUUCUUCCAGCCGCUGCUGCUGGAGCAGCUCACUAACCAGCUGGUGGCGCACGGCGGCAGCGACCCGCGUAUCUGGCUGCUACCUGUGGGGCUGUUCAUUUCGCCGCUGGUGGGCUCAUUAUGCAAGGCGCAGUCUCAGCUGACCAUGAUCCGGAUCCAGAUUGGCCUGCGCAGUCAGCUGACGGCGGCCGUGUACCGCAAGUGCCUGCGCCUCAGCGCCGGAGCGCGGGCGUCCAUGCCUUCAGGGCGUGUGGUGAACCUGAUGUCUGCUGACGUGGCCAAGAUAUGCGACUUCCUGUAUCCGCAGCUGACGUUCAUCUCCGCCGCCCCCCUGGCGGUGGUGGUGAGCCUCAUCAUGCUGUGGUUCAGGCUGGGUUGGGCCACGGUGGUGGGGCUGUGUGUGCUGCUGCUGAGCACACCCGUGUCCAACAUCGCCGUACGGGCCACACAGCGCCACCGCAACGAGAUGCUGCUGGCGGCCGACGGGCGCAUGAAGCUGGUGGGGCAGUUCCUGGCGGGGGUGCGCGUCAUCAAGAUGUACCACUGGGAGCAGCCGCAGGAGGCGGAGAUCAACAAGUGCAGGUCCGAGGAGCUGCGGGCCCUGCGCAACAUGAUCCCCAGCAAGGUGGCCAUGCAGACGCUGCUGUACGUGCUGCCGCAGCUGGCGGGCGUGCUGAGCCUGCUGGCCGUGGCGCUUACAAACCCCGAGAGCCUGACCCCCGGCCGCGCCUUCUCCAGCCUGGUGCUGUUCCAGAUCAUGCGCUUCCCGCUGCUCACGCUGUCCACGGGGCUGGUGGAGCUGGGCGCCGCCGUCAUCAGCGCGCGCCGCAUCACCGCCUUCAUGGCCGCGGAGGAGCAGCAGGAUUACGUCAUCCGCAUCCUGCAGCCCACCGGCACCACCCCCGCGCCACCGCCCCGCGCCGGCGGCAGUGGCAGCGGCGGUCACGUGGCCGCCUCCGCCUCCUCCCCCGCGCUCACCACAGCCGAGGCGGCCAGCCACUCCGCCUCGUGUAGCACCUUGCAAGGCGGUGCUACUGCCGCGUCUGCCACCGCCGCUGGUGGUUCUACCGCCGCUGGUGCUGCUACAGCCUACGGCGCGCACGGCCCCAGCCCGCUUAGCCGAACGGACCACCUGCAAGUGCGGCUGGCGACGCAGUCUGCGCCGCACCCCGCGCAACAGCCGCAGUUGCAACUGUCGCAGCUACAGCCCCAUCACCGCCAUCACGACUGUCUGAGGGCCGGCGGCGGCGGCAGUAGCGGCUCGUGUAGCGGCACGCCCCGCAGUAGCCGCAACGGCUACCUUGCGUCGGCUGGGGGGCUGGUGGGAGUGGAGCCGGGGCUCACCGUGCGGGCGCGCGGCUUCAGGUGGGCCGCGGUGCUUCACCCGCCCGACAACAAGGACGCGGGAGGAGGCGCACAGGGCGGCGGCGGCGGCGGCUCGAAGGGCGGGCUGCGGCGCAUGAGGAGCCACAAGCCGUUCAUGGAGGUGGUGGACGCGGCGGGCGAGUCCCUGGCGGCGGGCGCCACGGCCUUGGGUGUGCGGCUGCAGCGGGCCAUCACACGCCGCCGCGACCUGGACGCACCCGAGGGCACCGCACCGUACGGCGGCGGCAGCCCCAUGGACACGCCACGUGGCGGCGGCGGAGGUCACGGAAACGGUUAUGGAGGCGCUUACGGCUGUUACGCCAACGGCGCCAGCGCGGAUGCGGCUGCGCACGGCAAGCGCGGCAGCCGGGACGAGGAAAAGCUGGGGCUGCUGGCGGCGGUUGACGGCGGCGGCGCCAACGGAAAGGCUGUAGGCGGCUCAACCGCAACGCCCACAACGGUGACGAUCACGUUUGACUCGGCGUCGUCGGACAGCGGCAGCGUCGCGUUGACCCUGCCGCGGCCGGGCCAGUCGGCGGCAGCGGUGGCGGUGCAUGCGGACCGCCACCAUCCCCACCAGGGGUUGGAGGAGGAGGAGGCGGAUGGGCCGGCCGCGGGCCCCUUCGAGCUCGACGCCGUCGAGCUGCGGGUGCGCCCCGGCGAGCUGGUGUGUGUGGUGGGGCGGGUGGGCAGCGGCAAGAGCAGCCUGCUGGCGGCGGCUCUGGGAGAGAUGGAGCCCAACCUAAGCGCCCCGGGCGAUGUGGUGGGUCUGGGCGGGCGUGUGGCGUACGUGGCGCAGACGGCGUGGGUGCUGAACGCCAGCCUGGCGGACAACGUGACGCUGGGGGCGCCGCUGGAGGAGGCGCGCUGGAGCGAGGUGGUGCAGGCGUGCGCUCUGGGUCCGGACCUGGAGCUGCUGCCCUCGGGCCGCGACACAGAGAUCGGCGAGAAGGGUGUGAACCUCAGUGGCGGCCAGAAGCAGCGACUGGCGCUGGCCCGGGCCAUGUACCAGGACGCCGACAUCUACCUGCUGGACGACCCGCUGAGUGCGGUGGACGUACACGUGGGCGCGCACAUCUUCAAACACGUGGUGCGCCGCCUGGUGGACCGCGGCGCGGCGGUGCUGCUGGUGACCAACGCGGUGCAGUACCUGCCGUCAGCAGACCAGAUCCUGGUACUGGACGGCGGCAAGGUGGCCAUACAGGGCACCUACGGUGAGUGCCUGGGUGAGCCCCUGUUCUCAUCCAUGCUCGAGGAGUUCAAGGCCGCCCAGGAGGAGGAGGAGGAGGAGGAGGAGGAGGAGGAGGAGGAGGAGGAGCAGGGCGAUGGAGACCAGGACAAGGACGGCAACCUGCAGGAGCGUGGCAAUGAGCACACACGCACGCCCGCCACGCCCACCCGCUCCCGGCUGCAUGCGCACGGCACGGAGCAGCACCCGCCUGCCAGCCCCGGCGGCAUCCGCCUGCCUAGCGCCAGCCACGGUGUGGCUACAGAUGCUGUGGAGGCGCGGCGAGCCAGCGUGGACGUGGUCCGCCAGGCGGCGGCGGCGCGGCACAGCCCCUACGGCGCCACUGGAAGCCACAUGGCUGACCUGGACGAGGGCAACGAGAUGAUGGACUCCCUGCUGCGCAUGAGCGGCGACGGCGGCGGCGGAGAUGGCGUGGACGGCGACUCGGCGCGCGACGAGUCGAGCCUCAGGCGCAGUGGUGGCGGCGGCGGCACCACGGCUGCCGCUGCACCGGCUGCGAAGCACGAGGAGAAGCUGCCUCUGCUCUCGGCCGCCGCUACCGCCAGCAGCGCGAGCGGCGUGGCCGGCGCCGGCAGCGCAGCUGCCGCAGCUGCGGUUGCAACCUCCACCUCGCCGGCCGCCGCCACUGCGGUGUCCGCGCCUGAGAAGGGCCGCAUCACGGUGGUCGAGGACCGCGAGUUGGGUCAGGUCAAGUGGCGGGUGUACGGAGCCUACCUGUCCGCGUUCCACUGGGCGGCGGCGGUGGCGAUGGUGCUGUUCUGGAGCGUGGAGCAGGGCACGCGGCUGGGCACCAAUGCCUGGCUGGCGCACUGGAGCCGCGACAUGCAGCAGCGCCAGCGCGAGGAGGCAGAGGCGGCAGCCGCAGGCGCGGCGGCGGCGGCCGGGGGCGGCGCCAGCAACCCGGGCAUGGGUCGCUUCACGACAGGGUACCUACUGCUGGGGGCGGCGUAUGCGCUGGCCACGUUCCUGCGCUCCGCCACCAACAACCUGGGCUCCUACCGCGCCAGUAAGCUGGUCCAUGCCGGCACGCUGACCGCACUGCUGGCGGCGCCGCUGUCGUUCUUCGAGGCCACACCCGUGGGCAGGAUCCUGAACCGGCUCAGUCGCGAUGUGGACGAGAUGGACUACAACCUGGCCAUGUACCAGCAACAGCUCGGCAACUGUGUGAUGCGCCUCAUCGCCACCAUCAUCUUCCUCUGCGUGCUGCAGCCAGCAUUCAUAGGUGUGGUGGUGCCGCUCAUGAUCGGCUACCUCAUCCUGCAGAAGUACUUCCGCCGAACCUCCAUCGAGCUGCAGCGCGUGGACGCCGUCAGCCGCUCGCCCGUGUACGCAAACUUCAGCGAGACCAUGUCUGGGCUGGACACCAUCCGCGCCUACCGCCUGCAGGAGAGGUUCAAGUCGCGGCAUGAGGGCAUGGUGGACACCAACGCCACAGCCUACUACAACGCGCGCGUGGCUGACGAGUGGCUCAGCCUGCGUUUGGACUUGAUCGGCUCCAUCAUCGUCUUCUCCAUCGCCGGCCUCAAUGUGGCGCUGGCGGGCCGCACCUCGCCGGCCCUGGUGGCGCUGGCGCUGAGUGAGGCCAUCGACCUUACCUCCUUCCUCAACUACGCCGUCAAGGUGUCGGCGCUGGUGGAGAGUCGCUACAAUGCGGUGGAGCGACUGCUGGCGUACUCGGCCUUGGCGCCCGAGGAGUCGCCGGAGGUGACGCACGACCCGCGCCACCGGCCGCCGCACCGGCCGCCCGGUCUGCCGGCGUGGCCCGCCAGCGGGUGUCUGGAGUUCAAGGACGUGGUCAUGUCGUACCGCCCGGGGCUGGACCCCGUGCUGCGCGGCGUGUCGUUCAGGAUUGAGGAUGGCCAGAAGGUGGGCAUCGUGGGCCGCACCGGCUCCGGCAAGAGCUCCCUCAUUGUCGCGCUGUUCCGGCUGGUGGAGCCGCGGCAGGGCCAGAUGCUGCUUGACGGCAUUGACCUCCGCUCGCUGGCGCUGGGCCCAGCGCGCACGGCCCUGUCCGCCAUUCCGCAGGAGCCGGUGCUGUUCAGCGGCUCGGUGCGCUCCAACAUCGACCCCUUCGACUCCCACUCCGACCCCGAGCUGUGGGCGGCGCUGGGCGUGGUGGCCCUCAAAGAUUACGUCAAGAGCCUGGGCGGCUUGUCGGCGCCGGUGGCGGAGGGCGGGGGCAACUUCAGUGUGGGGCAGCGGCAGCUGGUGUGUGUGGCGCGGGCGCUGCUGCGCAAGCCGCGGCUGCUGGUGGCGGACGAGGCCACCGCCAGUGUGGACCCGGAGACGGACGGUCUCAUCCAGCGGGCCAUCCGCACGCACUUCAAGUCUGCCACGGUGCUGGCCAUCGCGCACCGGCUCAACACCAUCCUGGACGCCGACCUAGUACUGCUCAUGGACGCAGGCCGCGUGGCGGAGUUCGGGCCGGUGCAGCAGCUGCUGGCGGCGGGGCCCGCGCCGGCGGCGCCCGGGGCGGCAGGGCCCGGGGCGGCAGGUGUGGUGGGCGGGUCCAUGUUCGCACGCAUGGUGGCGGAUGCGGGGCUGCUGCCGGCGGCGGUUGCCGCGGGCCCGGCAGCGCUUGCGAGGGAGACCAGCUGAAAGGCCUGGCGCGGUGGCGCGCUGGUGCCAGUGUCUGCGUGAGUGGUGGUGUGAGUGGUGGCGUCAGCAGCGCCAGGUCUGCAAGAUGCUGGGGUUGUGGCUUGUGGGUGAGGGAUUGUUGUGGCUGCCAAUGGUCCGCCGGAGCUGAGGCCGUGUUGCACUGGGCAGCUGCCCUAGCGCCGUGCGUGGCUGCUUAAGGUGGAUGGGAAGGUGAGGAGUUUGGCCGACCGUGGCCGCGGAAAUGGUAGCUGGCAGGCAAUGCAACUGAAUGCGGAGUGGGCCGGACCAGACGGCGGACACAUGGCUUCACUCCCGUGUGUCACACUGCUGGGGAUGGAGCAUGUAUGCGCAAUGCAGCGCAGAGUCCCAGGAGGCGAGCGUGAUGUGUGCUGGACCCAUCGACAGACCCAACACUGCGGACGCACUGGGUCAUGCUAUCAUGCACGUGUGUCUGUGAUGGAGCUGACCUGGGUCACGCAAUGUAUAGCGGCUUUUCAGCCUGCUUUCAAGGACAA